AUGGGAAGAACUAUGAUCCAGAAUAGACUUUCUCGAAAAAAGUUGCUCAUUGUGGUUGAUGAUGUGAAUGAGUUUGGGCAAUUAGAAAACCUAUGCCUGAAUCGUGAAUGGUUCGGUCGAGGAACUGUGAUGAUCAUCACAACCAGAGAUAUUCAUUUGCUGAACCUACUGAAAGUUGAUUAUGUUUAUAAAAUGCAUCUUCUGAACGAAGAUGAUUCAUUUGAGCUUUUCAGUUGGCAUGCUUUUAGAGAAGCAAAACCAAGAGAAGAAUGGAGUGAUCUUGCAAGAAACACUGUUGCUUAUUGUGAAGGACUGCCACUAGCUCUUCAGUUCCAUGAAAGAUACUACGUCACAGAGAUAUUAAAUGCCUGUGAACUAGAUGCUGAUUUUGGAAUAACAGUUCUCAUAGAACGUGGCCUCAUAAAAGUUGAAAGGAACAACAAACUUGAAAUGCAUCCUUUGUUACGAGACAUGGGAAGAGAAUUUAUUCGUGAAUUGCACCCAAAGGAACCGGGGAAAAGGAGUCGAUUAUGGUUUCAGGAAGAUGUACAAGAUGUACUGGAAGAGAAUAGUGGGACAGAAGCUAUAGAGGGAUUGUCCCUGAAACUGCAUUCCAGCAAUAGAGAUUCCUUGGAAGCUCUUGCUUUCAAGAAAAUGAAGAGACUAAGACUGCCACAACUUGAUCAUGUACAACUUAGUGGAGAUUAUGGGCACAUUUCUAAACAACUGAGAUGGAUUUGUUGGCGAGGGUUUCCUUAUAAAUACAUUCCAAACAACUUUCAUUUGGAAAAUGUAAUUGCAAUUGAUUUCAAACAUAGUCAUCUCCAACUCCUCUCCAAACAACACCUGGUAUUCAUUACAACAAAAAUAGUAUAA